AUGGCUCAAGCAUACAAUAUCACGUAUAGAUCCAAAACCUCUUUCAAUGUGUGUUACAACAAAUCACGAACGCAUGCGACCGGGCUAUGGAAUGCUGAAAACGCCUGGGUUGCAUCUCUCCCACUGCUCAUCAUCCAACUCCUCUCCAUCUUGUUGCUCAGUCACAUUCUUGCCUACCUCCUCAAACCCUUGCGCCAACCUCGCAUUGUUGCUAAUAUUCUGGCUGGAGUUCUGUUAGGUCCAUCUGUGUUUUCGAUCCCGAAGAUUGUGGGAGUGACCAUAACUCCUUUUGAUAGCAUAAUCACCUUAGAGACUAUGGCAAACUUGGGGCUUGUGUACCAUGUUUUCAUGAUCGGGUUAGACUUCGAAAUCAGACCAGUAGUACGUGCAGGGACAAAGGCUAUCAGCAUUGCCGUCGCCGGAGUAGCCUUUGCCAUCCCCGCCGGGUGGCUCUUGCAUACCUAUGUCCUCUUCAGAGACUUCGAAACUGUGAAAGACAAAAGCAAUUUGAAAAACGUAGCCUAUGGCCCCAUCUUCUGGGGAAUUAUCCUCGCCGGCACCAACUUCGCUGAUCUCACCCAAAUUCUUGCCGACUUCAAGCUUCUCCACUCGGAGGUGGGAAGACUAGCCUUAUCCGGUGCCAUUAUCUCUGACGUGUCAUCUUGGUUUCUUUUUCUUGUGGUGAUGGCUAUACUCGGCGAUGGUAAAUUGUACACGGUGUUGUUAACCUUUGGCUUCAUUGCAUUCUGUGUCUUCAUACUUAGGCCAGCUCUGGCCAGGGCAAUGUGUUACACCACGAAAGAUGACAGCUAUAGUGAUGCCCAAAUAUGUUGUAUUCUGUUUGGGAUUGUAUUGUGCGGAUUGAUAACCGAUGCCUGCGGUGGACAUUCCAUCGUCGGACCUUUCAUGUUGGGAGCAAUUAUGCCUAAGGGGAUGCACUUCAAACAAAUGUUCAAAGAUCGUGUUGGAAAGUUUGUGAAAAGCCUUUUCAUGCCCCUCUUUUACUUGGUCAUCGGGGUGAGAUUCAAUUCCUUCUGGCUUUUUGGUGAUUUCAAUCAGCAGCUGAAAACUGAAUCAAACGUGGCUCAGCUUGUUGGGGUGAUCAUCCUGGCUUUCGGAGCGAAGAGUGUCGGCACUUUCAUCGCUGCUUUGUUCAACAAAAUGACAAUUCGAGAUAGUUUAGUUCUGGGAAUCCUCAUGAACACUAAAGGCUUAUUGGCACUCAUUAUACUCAGCUCCUCUCUUGACCUAAAGGCUUUGGACAACCAAACAUAUGGAGUAAUGUUGGUUGCAGUUUGGGCAAUGACGGUUCCGGUCGGACCUUUCCUAGCCCUCUUCUGCAAGUCCACCAAGAGUUCUACACUAAAUCAACAUAGAAGCAUACAAGGUGUAGGAGCUGAAACAGAGCUUCGAAUCCUUGCAUGCACCCACACUGCGAGCAAUGCAUCCGGCAUCAUAAGCCUCAUCGAGGCCUCCAAUCCGUCCAGCAAAUCCCCAAUUCAUGUCUUAGCUGUCAAACUGGUCGAACUUACUGACCAUAACGCUGCCAUGCUAAUCGUACAUGAUGCUUGCCACAAAACCGGAGCAGAUGGCAACAAGCUACAGUCUGACUUCAGCUGCAAUGCAUUUGAGAACUAUGCAAGGAAAAGAGAGAAUGUCUCUGUCCAGUCACUCACUGCUGUGUCUGCCUACUCUACUAUGCACGAGGAUAUAUGCAACAUGGCUAACGAGAAGGAUGUCAACCUCAUAAUCAUCCCGUUCCGAAUGCAAACUACCAUCGAUGGAGUCCCAGAUGAUCGUUAUGAUCCUCUUCUUGCAGAAAUCAGUAAGAAGGUGACGGAAAAUGCAAAGUGCUCUGCAGGUCUUUUUGUUGAUUCUGGACUUGUCACAUCCAGAAUUACAGACUUCCAAAAUGCUUCUAUGGAGUCCCACAAAUACGCCAUGUUUUUCAUUGGAGGGCCAGAUGAUCGAGAGGCACUAGCGUACGCAUGGAGGAUGGCAGGGCAUCCUAAGGUAAACUUAACAGUUAUACGGUUCACUCCAAGUAAAGAGGCAUGGGAGGAGAGCAGUCAUAGCGGUAAGGAACACACGGCAUAUGAAAACAUUAGGCAGCAGAAACAACUUGACGACGCAUGCAUAGAUGAGUUCAAACUGAAGUCCAUGAAUGAACCGUCUAUAGUUCUGUGUGAGAAGCUGGCCAAUAAUCUGGAAGAAAUUAUCAAUAUAGUAAGCACCAUGGAAGGUCAAUAUCAGCUGUACAUAGUGGGAAGAGGUCAUGAUGGUUGCUCUCCAAUAACACUACCAUCGUUCGAAUCCAUCAGGACCAAUAAGCUUGGAACUUUGGGGGAGACGUUGGCAUCUUCGAGCUUACUGGGAAGUACAUCCCUUCUUAUAAUGCAGUAG